GUUAGUGAUCGUUUCUGUUUCUGCUGCGUCUUUGACAUAAAAAUGUUGCUCAAUAAGGUCUUCAGAGCCGGACUUCGGUCUGGGAUUCGUCUGCAGAGCUCCAGUGCCACCGCAGCUACAGCUGCUUCCAGCAGUCCCGCAGGGUCCCCCGGCUACUCGUUUGAGCUGACCGAUCAGCAGAAGGAGUUCCAGCAGCUGGCGAGGAAGUUUGCUCGUGAAGAGAUGAUCCCUGUUGCAGCUGCUUACGACAGGAGCGGUGAAUACCCGUUCCCCGUCAUUAAGAAAGCCUGGGAGCUGGGCUUGGUGAACGGCCACAUCCCACAGGAGUACGGUGGGCUGGGCUUGUCGAUCUUCGACUCGUGCCUCAUCACGGAGGAGUUGGCGUACGCCUGCACUGGAAUGCAGACCGCCAUCGAGGCCAACUCUCUGGGACAAAUGCCCGUUAUUCUUGCUGGCAACGAGGCCCAGAAGAAGAAGUACCUGGGGAGGAUGACGGAGGAGCCGCUCAUGUGUGCGUACUGCGUUACUGAACCCGGGGCGGGUUCUGACGUGGCCGGCAUAAAGACCCGAGCGGUGAAGACGGGCGACGAGUACGUCGUCAACGGGCAGAAGAUGUGGAUUACCAACGGAGGGAAAGCUAACUGGUACUUCCUCCUUGCCCGCACCAACGCCGACCCCAAAUGUCCGGCUAGCAAAGCUUUUACCGGCUUCAUUGUGGAUGCAGACACUCCAGGAGUCCAAGCAGGAAGGAAGGAGAUGAACAUGGGUCAGAGGUGCUCCGACACCAGAGGCAUCACGUUUGAAGACGUCAGGAUACCGAAGGAGAACGUCCUGAUCGCAGAAGGAGCUGGAUUCAAAAUCGCCAUGGGAGCCUUUGACAACACCAGACCCCCGGUCGCAGCGGGCGCCGUAGGUUUGGGGCAGAGGGCUCUUGAUGAAGCCACCAACUACGCCUUGGAGAGGAAGACGUUCGGCAGAGCCAUCGCUGAGCAUCAAGCCGUAUCGUUCCUCCUGGCUGAGAUGGCCAUCAAGGUGGAACUGGCCCGGAUGGCGUACCAGCGGUCGGCCUGGGAGCGGGACCAGGGUCGCAGGAACACCUACUUUGCCUCCAUCGCAAAAGCGUUCGCAGGAGACAUCGCCAACCAGGUGGCUUCUGAUGCCGUUCAGAUUUUUGGAGGCAACGGGUUCAACAGCGACUAUCCCGUGGAGAAGCUGAUGAGGGACGCCAAGAUCUACCAGAUCUACGAAGGCACAGCUCAGAUCCAGAGGCUCAUCAUCGCCAGAGAACACCUGGGGAAAUACAAGAAAUGAGCCCGACUCCUCGUCUUCAACGAAUCGUGAUGUACAUAACGUGAAGCCGUCCGCCUGAACUCAAGCUGUAGAUGUUUGCCUUAAAAAUGCUCAUUUUUAUCUGGAAUGUGAAAAUGGAGAGCGCCUUCUUAAAUCACCAUGAAAGGAAAGUCUUGUUGUAGCUGCAGGAGUUCCUCUCAUCGUAGGAUAAAGUUCAGUUUCAUGAUUUAACAUCUUUGUUUCACUGCUGAAGGUACGUGAGUGACUUGUACAGAAUGAGACACGAGUUCAAAUGUUCGUUUUAGGAAUUUCUUUUUCGCACUCAUGCCUUGAUCAAGUUAACAUCCAGCUCCGCCUGUUGAAAAGCUCAAACCUGUAAAAACGAUGUUUAAAUGUAAUUUUCAGGAGGAAUCUGCAGCUCGUCUGCUUUUCUACACGACCUGAUACCGGUUCUGUAUUCCACGUCUUCAGACUUGGUCGGUGAUGUUUGUGAAUUUUAUGAGCUUGUUU